CACACACCUACACAAGGCAGGGCGCGCGCGCGGCGUCGUCGUCGUCGUCAUAGCACAGCUGCACAAGGAGCACCGCCUCGCACACCGCCGGAAAAUGGGAUCCGCCGUGCAGCUCAUCGGCCUCCUCGGCGUCUCCUCACCUCCUCUCGCCCAGUCCCACUGCAGCUGCAGCGGCGGCGCCAAGAAGCAGGUCUGCUCGCUCCGCGCGCCGCGGCAGCAGAGUCGGCGCCGCCUCCGCGUCGCCCACGCCGUCGAGAUGGGCGCGCCCGGCUCCGCCGGCGCGCCGGAGGAGGAGGUGGAGGAGCCGUCCGUCGACUUCGCGUUCGUCAGCCCGCGGCUGCUGCCGGACGGGACGCCGGACGUGCACUACCGGACGGCGCGCGGCGGGCAGAAGCUCCGGGACAUCAUGCUCGAGGGCUACAUCGACCUCUACGGGCCCUACGAUAAGUUCCUUCUCAACUGCUCAGGAGGCGGCGUGUGCGGGACCUGCAUCGUCGAGGUGGUUGAAGGCAAGGAAAUGCUUUCUCCAAAAACCGAAAAGGAAAAGGAGAUGCUCAAAAGGAAACCCAAGACGUGGAGAUUGGCUUGCCAGGCUACGGUCGGCAAUGCAGAUUCAACUGGACAGAUGGUCAUUCAGCAAUUGCCAGAGUGGAAGAUACAUGAGUGGGACAAGCAGAAGUAAUUGACUGGUCUUAAAAUGUACUCAUGCGGCCAUAUAUAGAGUAGAAUGCCAUGAACACUGGAAGUGGAGAAGCAAUUGAUCGGUAGAAUAACUGGUGAAGGUUUAUGAAGCUUUUGAUACUCCAUGCAAAGAUCUUAAGCGUUCUUUAUUUUUUUUUCGUAGCAACCAAGUGUAGCAUGGAUGCAAUUAGCCUCCUUCGGUUACUUGCUCACUUAUUCAAAAGAAGAGAUGGCAACAUGUUCAUGGUCUUCGAAAGAUCCGUAUUUAUUUUGAGAAAAAUUGUCAUAAAUCUCCGAACAACUCUAA